AUGUCAACUACGCUAGAAGCACCCCGUCAAUACGGCCAGCCCUCGAGAAAGGGCAAGAGGGCAUGGAGAAAAAAUGUGGACGUUUCGGAGGUUCAAGAAGGUCUCCGUCUGUUGAAGGAUGAGGAAAUCAAAGGAGGUGUUUUAGCAGAGAGACCUUCCGAAGAACUGUUCGUCAUUGACAAGAAGGGCUCUUCGGAGAUUCGCGACGCAUACCGAAAACAACACAAAAAGCCUCUGAAAGCAGAUGAAAUUCUCGCACAAAGAUCUGCGAUAGAUGCAGUAGACACACGGAAACGUGGGAGUUCCAACGUGACCGACGGCGUCAUUGAGCCGAAGACCAAGAAACACAAGAGUGACUGGGUCAGCCGCAAAGAAUGGAAGCGCUUAAAGCAGGUAGCCAAAGAGGGCAACCCAAUGGAUAAGCCAAGUGAUGGUGGUUUCUACGACCCUUGGGCUGACGAAGCGGAUCCGACGCCUCUUGAUGAUCCGCAGUUCGAUUAUCUAGAAAAGCCCAAACCCAAGGUGGCCCCGGAAACCCUGAAGCGAGCUCCCAUUUCCCUGACUGCCGAUGGAAAGACGGUUCCCUCCGUACGAGCGCCAACCGCUGGUACAAGUUACAAUCCGACAUUCGAAGAUUGGGAUGAGCUGCUACGAGAACAAGGGCAAAGAGCCGUCGAAGAGGAGAAGAAGCGGUUAGAGGAAGAGCGCAAGGAACAAGAGCGGCAGCGCUUGGUUGAUGAGGCCAAUGAUGACGAUGGUGAAGCCAAAUCUGAUGAUGAAAGCGCUUGGGAAGGCUUCGAGAGCGAGUAUGAGAAGCCGGAAUGGCUGAACAAGAAGCGCCCCGAGAGAAAGACAAAAACGCAGAGGAACAAGAUUAAGCGAAGAAAGGAAGCCGAAAGGCUAGCCAAAUGGGAGGCACAGAAGCAGACAAAGGAGGCCCAAGUUGCUGAAGCCAAGGCUAUUUCAGAGCGCUUCAAGAACCAGGAGCUGGAGCGGGACAGUGACGCUGACGAAUCUUCCGAUGAGGGUGAUGAUACUACUCUGCGCCGGAAGCCCUUGGGAGGGAAAAUAAGGGCCCCGGAAAAGCCGACCGAGGUAGUCCUACCGGACGAACUGCAAGAUUCGCUGCGUCUGUUGAAGCCAGAGGGAAACCUCCUAGACGAUCGAUUCCGUACAUUGAUUAUCCAGGGCAAGCUCGAAUCUCGGAAGCCCGUAUCGCAACCGAAAAAGGCGAAGAGGGAAGUGACCGAGAAGUGGACCUACAAAGACUUCAAGGUGCCUGGGUUAUGA